CAAUCACAUGGAGAGAGUAGGCGAUUCAACACAGUGAGCAGAGCAGACAGUGAGGGGUUUGGGUACGGCCGUGAAACAAAAGGAUAGCGCAGUGAUUGUGGAUUAUUUUGUCUUUUUCAAGACUAAACCUCGGUCACUUUUCCGCUUUAGGAUUGUUUCCGGCUGAAAUGUUACAGGACCCGACUGCAGAUUCCAUCCUCACUGUAGUGGUGCAGUGUUGAGUCUGAGAAGAAGCUGUACUGCAGGAUAACCGUCACCAGGCCUGAGGGCCGUUGGACGUAUAAGACAUGCUGGCUGCCAUUCUGCGCCAGAGCUCUGGUGGAGGAGGAUCAGGAGGUGGAGGUGGCAGCAGCAGCAGCAGCAGCAGUGGUGGUGGACCCAAAAUGUCUCUAGGUAUCUCCCGACUCUCCAGCUCCAGCCUGGGUUCAGCAGGCCCUACCACCGUGGGCCCCUCAGGGCCUGGCAGAGCCUCUAAGAGCGGCUCGGUCAGCCCGGAAAGCCCAGAUACCCCCGCCUCAGACCCGAUGUACAUCAUGCAGCUCGUCAGCGAUGUGCGCAAGUUUGCUGAUGUGCUUCUGCAACUCAAAGAAGUGUUCAACUCCAAUGAGCACCAGGACUGCCUCCAUCAUGCGGCGCACGAGCGUCUCGGGGAGCUGCUGCGAGUCCUGAAGGCUAUUAUCAGCAAACACCAGAGCCUCAACUCAGUGGACAUCCUCAGUACAGCUGGAACCGUCAUCGCCACGGUCAAAGGGGUGAACUUUAAGGAGGUGAACGACGAGAACAAACAGAAGCUUUUCGGAGAGAUCUACACUGCUAUUGACACAUUGGCGUUCACAUUUGGCAAUGUAGUGUCUGACUUCCUUAUGGGAGAUGUAGAGAAUGGAUCAGUGUUGGGGCUCCCCCUAACUAAAAGAAGCAGGUCUUUUGAGAACCUCUCCGUGGAAUCUGGAGGAUCCGGUCCUGAGAAAGAUGAUCCGCCAGGGCUGUCUCCGCCAGUCCGGGCAGAAGAAGUGGACAGGACACUGCAACGACAGGACAGCGGGGUGGAGUCAGCGCUGCUCUACGCCAAGGCCUGGUCCAAGUACACCAAAGAGCUGCUGGCGUGGGUGGAGAAGCGCCUCAGUAUGGAUAUUGAGUGUGCAAAGAGUUGUGCCAAAAUGGCCGAAUCUGCCAAGACGCUUGCGAGUCAACAGGAAUUCAUGCCCUUCCGUGAGAUCUACACGACCGCUUUCAAAAAUGAUAUUGAAUACAGCCAGCUGGUACUUCACACCGCAGCAGUACUCCAAAGCAACAAAUUCAUACAGCCUCUCCAAGCCAGAAAGAACGAGCUGGACAAACUACGAAAAGAGGUCAAGGAGCAGUGGCAAAGAGAGCAAAAGAAAAUGAAUGAGGCAGACAGUGCUCUGAGGAAGGCUCGGCUGCUGCAGGCCCAGCGGCAUGAAGAGUACGAGAAGGCCAAGGUGUCCACCAGCCGCCUGGAGGAGGAGCACAUCUUAGGAGGAGGAGGAGCAGCAACAGCCAAACCGCUGGAGAAGAGGCGCAGGCUGGAGGAGGAGGCCCUGCAGAAGGCGGAGGAAGCAAGGGAGCACUGCAAAGCGUGUCAGAUUGAUGUCGGGGACAAGAGAGUCGACCUGGCGAACAACAAGAGUGAGAUCAUCACUCAGAUACGAGAGGUGGUCUCCCAGUGCGACCUCACCCUCAAGGCUAUGACGGUCAAUUGGUUCCAGCUUCAGCAAGCCCAGGUGGUAUCGCUGCCUGUUAACCACCAGAGUCUGUGUGAGAACGCCAAACUUUACGAGCCUGGCCAACGCUAUAUCGACUUUGUCAGGAGUCUACCCACUGAUGGGCCUCGCCUGGAGUCCCACUCGUUUGAUUCAGCUGGCACACAAAACACAGGGAUGCUUUUCACCAAGCGCUCGCUGAGUGGCAGCCAUUCGUCCCACAGUAACCUGUCUCAGGUAUCUGUGACCUCUGACAUCAUUGGCGCAGAUGAAGUAGAAAGUCCCAUCUCUUCCCAACAUGCCAAGAUUACAGAAAAGCGCUCCAACAGCAGCACUGAUAUCCAAGCUCUGCGGAUUCAGGCCUCAUUUCGUCCUUGGGCCUCAGCCAGUCAGGGUGGAGGGAUGUGCAGUGACUCAGAGAGUGCUGGAGGGAGCAGCGAGUCCCGGUCCAUGGACUCCCCCACUGCAAGCCCAGGAGACUUCAAGAGGAGAUUACCCAGAACCCCCUCCACCGGCACUAUGUCGUCUGCUGAUGACCUGGAUGAGAGGGAGCCUCCUUCACCCUCUGAUAAUGGUUUAAGUGAGAUGAUAAUCGAAACAGCCAGCUCCCCAGGUCCCUUCAGAAACACCCAGAUGUCCAAAGCUGCCCAAAGUCACAAGCUGAGGAAGCUUAGAGCGCCAUCCAAGUGUCGCGAGUGUGACAGCCUGGUGGUGUUUCAAGGAGCCGAGUGUGAGGAGUGUUCGCUAGCCUGCCAUAAGAAAUGCCUGGAAACCCUGGCCAUCCAGUGUGGCCAUAAGAAGCUCCAGGGGAAGCUCCACCUCUUUGGCAUCGACUUCACACAGGCAGCCAUGAACAGUCAAGAUGGAGUCCCCUUUAUCUUACGGAAGUGUACAUCCGAAAUCGAGAACAGAGCACUCAACAUUAAGGGUAUCUACAGAGUGAAUGGUGCCAAGUCCCGGGUAGAGAAGCUUUGCCAGGCAUUUGAGAAUGGCAAGGACCUGGUGGAGCUCUCGGAACUUUAUCCCCACGACAUUAGCAACGUACUCAAACUCUACCUGAGACAGCUCCCAGAGCCUCUCAUCCUGUUCCGCUAUUAUAAUGACUUUAUCGGUUUGGCCAAGGAGAGCCAGGGUAUUAUUGUGGAGGAACUGGAGGCUUUUCGGCUGAGUCCAACCCCGGUGACCCAGCCCCAGGUCAGCGUGGACCUGAACCGGAUCCUCUUCAAGAUCAAAGACCUGCUGAGGCAUCUGCCACCAGCUCAUUACAAGACACUGCAGUUCCUCAUAGAACAUCUGCACCGGGUCACAGAGCAGUCGGAUGAGAAUAAGAUGACAGCAAGUAACCUGGGCAUCAUCUUUGGCCCAACACUCAUCAAACCAAGGCAAGCCGAUGCCGAAGUUUCCCUUUCCUCUCUGGUGGAUUAUCCGUAUCAGGCGCUCAUUGUGGAGCUCCUGAUCAGACACUACCAGAUGAUCUUUGACACCCCCCUCAGUCCACUGAGUCGGACCUCGCCUAUAGAAAUUGAUGGCCCAAACCGCCUCACGCACCAGGAGAAGGAGCAGCAGCUGAGCAGGCACUCAAAGUCGCUGGGAGACAUUAAGGAGCAGAGCUUGAAGGUGUAUAAGAGGCAUUCUUCCAUCAUUCCUUCUUCUCACCUACUGGCUGAGGUUGAGGAGAACACGCCAAGCAUCAAUGGAAGCAACUUUGAACCUGUUGAUGAAGUGGAUUUUGAGGGCUUCAGUGAGGGUUUGUCUCCGAGUUCCCCAGAGACCCCGAAACUCGGCGAGAGAGGCCUCUGUCGUUCUCAGCACGUCGCCGUGGCCAGGGUCCAGCUCCGACAGCCUCGCAACAAACUCUCCUCACGGCCAGUGAGCCUGCCAGCUGAACGGAUACUCAACCGAGGCCAAGUAGAUGAGAAAAACACCCGGAACAGCACUGACCACGAGGACAGGAAAGGAGGACGUUUUGACCAGUCCAUCGAAGAGGUUGACGAAACCGAGAACACAAAAUUGCGGGUUGGCACACACUACCGGAGUACAUUUAUUGACACCCAGACGUUACGCAGGACAUGGGACAAGCAGUACAAACAUGAUGUCGCCUCCAAAACUGUCAGAAUUGUGGCCAGUUUGCCCACAGAGGGUACAGCACUGGAUGCCAGCAACUUAUCAGCUUCUGUGCCCAACUCAUCUUUAUCCCUUGGGAGCACUAUCAGCACUGUUUUCUCUGAUAGACCUUUCACUGUUGCAGUGCGAGCCAAUAGGAUUUUAAGAAGGGAGGACAAUGUAAUCAAGUUUAACCCUGUCGCAACAACUUUCAGGGCUCCAAGAACUCUGCAGCCUCCCCCAGGGACUUUCUACAAGCCCCCAUCAGGGAGCAAAUCUAAAGAGCUGAAGAACUGUACACUAGCCAACAGCGCAGAGGAAGAAGAUGAGGAGGAGGAGGAGGAUGAUGAAGAGGAGGAGGAGGAGGAGGAGUUGGGCAUUGAGAUAGAGGUUUCUGUGGAUGAGCCUCUUGAGGAAGACGAUGAGGCAGAGCAGGCAGCCAUGUCUCCCAGCUCUAGCCCUGAGGAACUGGGCUCAAACCAGGCCAAACCAGUAUACCAGAGACUAAGGCCAAGACGCCUCCAAGAGGUAGAACAUCGAGAGGCUCAUUUCGUGUGAUCAUCUUAGAGUCAGGGGCUGGCAGAGAUCUAAACAAAAGUGCUCAAAUGACAAUUUCCACAUGAUUGUGAGCACGGUUUGAAUUCAAAGUGCUGUUGGUCCUUAAAAGACAAACGAGAUGCACUUAAAAUGCUGUAUAUUUGAUUCACCAAUAUUUCAUUUACCAAUCACUUGUUCAGUACACUCUGGCACCUGGUCAGAAUAUUUAUAAUUAUUUUUUUUUAAACUGUGCAAUUCCAUGUUUAUUUGAAUAUUUUGUACCACAUUCUUACAGGAUCACUAUGUAUGUUAUACCAAAAAAAUAUGUUUGAAUCGUUACAAUAGUGCAUGUAGCCAGAACACUGAAAAAAAAGUUUGAUGCACUUAUCAAUACUCGUUGUGUUUCGACCUACUGUGAGUCAGAAUGUGUUAAACUGUUACAUUUAGGUUAAAAUUAAUCAUUUUGCUAAAAAUGUAUGUAUAUAAUGAGCUUUUGUUACAUGCUGUACUGGGUAUCUGCAUUGUCAUUUGCUAAUGUUAUGAAGCACCAGUUGCAAGGGCAUACAUCCACUUGUUUUUAUACCGUUGAACUUGUAAGGUGUCAACUUACACUGACCUGAAAAGCUUUUGGAAAUGCCAAUGGAUUGUAUGGUGGCAUUGUCUUUCUUAUUUUUGAUAUAACAUGACUUUUUCUAAUAGCCAAAGCUGUUACUCUUUUUACAACUGCAUUAGUUUUAUCAAUAACCCAGAUCUUACAAGUUUUUUGUAAGUAAUAGGAAGUGCAUCAUUUAUUUAAAUGGUAUCUGUUUUGCAUGGUAAUGUAUAAGGUUGACAGCAUGUUCAAAAGUUCAGUGUAAAAGAACAGGUACAUGAAAACAAACCCUUUUGUAACUUAUUAAAAUAUAUUUGACAACUUCCAAUUGA